GGCACUUCGCUGCCCAUCUGUCAGAUCCGACACGACAUUUGCCGUCUUCUCGCAAAGUGUGGAAAUUUUAGGAGGAAAAGUUUCGUUCGAUUUUCCGUAUCAAAAACCUUAAAUUUAUCCCCGAAAAAUGGCAGAUCUCGGUGCUCCAGUUCGCGUCUCCCCGCUGAUCAAGUUCGGUCGCUGGUCGUUCCUGGCCAUCGGUGUGGCGUACGGUGCCUACCACCAGCAGCGUCUGGCCAAGCGUGAAGUCGGUAUUCGUGAGGUUGAAGCCCAGCAGAAGGUCAUCCGUGACGCCAAGCUGGCAGAGGAGAAGAAGCGCCAGCAGGCAGAGGAAGCCAAGGCCAUCGCUGAGCUGUCCAACCCGGCCAAGAAGUAGGAAUCUGCGGGAAUUUAUUGUUAGUCCCUUAUUUUUUUUUAUUUCUCCUUCAACUCGGAUCGAAGAACGAAUUCAAACAAAAAAUGUAAUUUAAUUUUCACUGCCAUCCAAUGGAUGGCGGUAACCAACCAACGCAACUGUGAAAAUAAAGGAUAGUAAUAAAUUCUGA